AAUAUGUUUUCAAAAUUAAAAUCGGGCUUUUGGUACUGGGUGAAUUUUUCUUCCGCUUUUUGGGACUUUUAUAGCCGCAUAGCAGUUGAAACAUUUUCAAUUGCAAAAUAUAGUGACGUGUGACUGCGCGUAGGUACGCUAUACGGAUUUCCGAGAAUCUUAGCCACGACUAUUAUACGGGCGAUAAGAAAUCAAUUACAUAAUAUUAUAAUGAUACAGACCUGCUAAUAAGGUCCGUUACCCCAGCACUGCCAAAUAUUAUUCAGUAUUAUUAUGCCAUCGUGAUUCAGUCCGUGCACGUUUUUAUUUGUACUCACUACUUACUACCAAUUUCAUUUAUUUGUGGUAAAAAUGAGUAAUUGGCGUUUUGGUAAUAAAAAACGAGCUAAAUUAUUCAUAAGACGAAAAAAACUGAAACACAAUUUGGCAAAUUUACAAAAAAAAAAUAAAGAAAUUCAAGAACUCGAAAAUGACGACAGCAAUAACGUUUCAGAAAUAAGCAAUAAUCAGAGUAUAUACACAUCAAAUCAUAGUAAUGAGACAUAUUAUGAUGAACACGACGAUAACAGGUUCAUUUGUGGCGGUAGACGUAUUGUUAAUAUAAAUCAUUUAUUUGAUUCGAUUCAGAAAAUCAACCACCCACUUUUUGGCUGCUCAUUUAAAGAUCUUACUUUGAUAAAUGAAAAAAAAAAUGGUUUUUAUUCCGAAUUUAUUUUUAAGUGUACGAUGUGCAACAAAUUAGAAGUCAUAACAACUGAAUGUAAUAAGUCUUCGUCGGUGUGCAUAAAUACAGCAGUGGUUACAGCAGUUGUAAAUACUGGACAAGGAUUUUCCCAAUUAGACACUUUUACAGCAGUUUUAAAUAUGCCGAAUAUGUCCAAUCCAAGUUAUCAAAAAUAUCACAAUGACGUAAAAAAGCACACCGAAGAUUUGGCUUUUGAUGCGAUGAUUGAUGCUAGCAAAGAAGAAGCUGCGUUAGCUAUAAUGGAAAAUAAUGUCAAUGAAAAAGGAAUUCCAUUGAUUACAGUGAUAGCUGAUGGCGCUUGGUCAAAGAGAUCUUAUAAAAGUGGCUAUAAUGCUUUGUCUGGUGUAGCAUCUAUCAUUGGGUAUAGGACCAAAAAAGUUCUUUUUAUGGGUGUACGUAAUAAGCACUGUUCAGUUUGCCAAAAAAAUGAAAAUAGUGAAAAAGAAUCACCAUCUCAUCAGUGUUUUAAAAAUUGGAAUAGGACUUCUACUGCUAUGGAAUCCGAUAUAAUUGUCGAGGGAUUCUGUCAAAGUGUGACUAUGCAUAAUUUAAUAUAUGAUAAAUUAAUUGGAGAUGGAGAUUCAAGUGUAAUGAAGAAGUUAACACUUUCUAAACCUUACGCUGAUUACGACAUAGAUGUAAAAAAAAUAGAAUGUAUGAACCAUAUUUUAAGAAACUAUUGUAAUAGAAUUGUAGACAUAUCAGCUCGUCGUAAAAGUUCUUCUGGAACUGUGGUUCCAGGGUUUUUAAGAAAAACAUUAAAAGAUAGAAGGCUUAAAUUAAGAUGCGCAGUUACAAAGGCAAUAUUGCAUAGAAAAGAAAUGCCUUUGUUGCAUAAUGAAAAAGCGAUUCUUCUAAAAAAAGAUAUUUUAAAUAGUCCGUAUCAUGUAUUUGGUAGCCAUUAUGAAUGCUCAAGUUAUUUUUGCACUGGUCCAAAAGACAAUGAAAUUGAUUUAGUUCCUCAAAUGGAAUCUUGUGGCUUAUGGGCAGAUAUAUCAGGAGCCAAAAAUAUUGUUGCCCAUCAUGCUCAAAGCUUAAUUUACAAUGUUAACAAUAAUGCUGUGGAAGGGUUUAAUAGCGUAGUAGCGAAAUUUGUUGGUGGAAAAAGGGUGAAUUUUUCUUUACGAGGAUCAUACAGUGCAAGAUGUAAUGCUGCAGUUUCAUCGUUCAAUUUUGGUCCAAAAUAUUUAAAUAGUUUUCAUAAAAAAGUUACAAAUGUAAGCCCUGGAAUAUACACUAAAAAAUUUAUAAGCAAGAUUGAUAAAAACCAGCAUAGCAGAGUUGGUCGACGUUUAAAUUUUGAUAAAUCCAGAAAAUUUGAGAAAAAACAAAAAUGUAUUGCUGGACCAGAUGAAGAUUAUGGAGCUGUAGACAUUGGAAUAGGUAUAAUUGAUAUGUCACCCGAAGAAUACGACGCCAAAAAAAUUGCAUUUUUAAAAAAAAUUGAUUUAUCCAUUGAUGAAAUAAUAAAAAUAGAAAGAAAUACAGUUGGACAACAAGAUAAUGACGAUUGGAAAAAAUUUAGAAAACAACGACUUACGGCAUCUAAUUUUGGAAAAGUUUGUAAAUUAAGACCCACCACUUCGCGAGCGAAUACCAUAAAAUAUAUUUUAUAUGAUAUUUUCCAAGGAAGUUCUUCAACUAGGUAUGGUAUUGAAAACGAAUCAAUAGCCCGAAAUGCAUUCCAAAAAACCAUAACGGAGAAAAUCGAACCAGCGGGAUUGUUUAUUCAUAAGAAUAAACCCUAUCUCGCAGCAAGUCCUGACGGGUUAAUAGGUGAAGACUGUAUCUUGGAGAUAAAGUGUCCUCCGAGCAUAAAAGAAUAUACUCCAGAAGAGGCAGUACAUAAUAAAAAAAUAAAGUAUAUGAUAUCCGAUGGUGAAAAAAUUACUUUAAAAAAAACUGAUAAUUAUUAUUAUCAAGUUCAAGCACAACUCAACAUUACAGAAAGAAAUUACUGUUAUUUUGUUGUGUGGACUCCAAAAGGUUUUAUAGUAGACAAGAUAUCCAAAGAUGUCGAAUUUUGGACAUCAAAAAUUGAACCAUUUGUCACAACAUUUUACAUGGAAUCGUUACUGCCUGAAAUCAUUGACCCAAGAUUUGAUAGAGGACUACCAAUAAGGUCCGGUAAACCGACAAAGAAGCUCUAAUUAAAUAAAGGUGUAUUUAUGUAGCAAUAUAAUAUAAUACAAACAAUUGUUUUUUUAAAGGUACUUACUGUUGUCAAUAUAUAUUUAUAAUUAUAAUGAU